AUGAACUCCAUGCACAACCCCCGCCCGCUUGCGCCCGCACAGUUCACACGACAGGAUAUGAAACUGCAACCAUCUGAGCGUGCUCAAGUGCAAGGUCACACUGACUUAAUCCAUGACACCCAAUUCGAUUUUUAUGGUCAGCUUUUGGCAACCGCUAGCUCCGACCGAAGCAUUGGGAUCCACCUGAUACGAGAAGGGCAGCCUAUACAGCGAAUUGCUUCGCUAACUGGGCACCAGGGGCCCGUGUGGGCGGUUGAUUGGGCGCAUCCUCGCUUUGGACACGUUCUUGCCUCCGCUAGUUUUGAUCAAAAAGCGAUCAUAUGGAAGGAUGUGAUGGGGAGAUGGAAUCCCGUUCAUGUUGUUGACAUUCACCAGGAAAGUGUCAACUCCGUUGCUUGGGGCCCUGAAGAGCUCGGCUUGCUCUUGGCCACUGCUAGUAGCGAUGGGACGGUGGCGGUGACUGCCUUCAGGGAUGGGUUCUGGCAGGAAAGCAUUAAACUUAGCAGCAAUAACAACAAAAUUACCCAUGCCAUGGGUGCAAUGUGCGUCUCAUUUGUUCCCGUCAUGGCUGAUUUUGGCGAUGAAUUUAUUUUGGCAUCAGGUGGAUGUGAUUGCCAAGUGCGCCUGUGGACUAAUGAUAAAACUCUUUCUCGGACAUUCAAGCUCUUUCAAGUGGUUGAAGGGCACUCGGAUUGGGUCCUCGAUGUAGCCUUUUGCAAGAUUUCUGCCUCAUCACGCUUCGCCAUGUUUGCCUCUUGUGGAAAGGAUAAACAAAUUGUGAUUUAUCGCAAGCCAUGGGAACAAUUGUAUUUGGAGCUGUCGGAUCCUUCGGUUGCCCAGCUCUCCUGGGAGAACUCCGUUGUUGUGAUGGAUGAGGCAGUCUGGCGAUUGUCAUGGGCUCCUUCCGGCCAAAUACUGGUUGCUACAACGGCCAGCUCACAGGUCUUCAUUCUUCAGGAAGGCUCCGAUUUUAUCGAACCGUGGAUUGUGACGCCGUUGGAGGACUACCAAAGGGAAUAA